GAAAUGCCUCAAUAAAUGACGAACAGUAAAUUAUAUAAAGCCCGAGAUGGAAAGUCUGAUAAAUGUUUGCAACAGUUUGGACUUCAGCAAAGAAAAACCGUCACAGACAGGACACGCCCUUCCUGUGAGUUGGAAUCAGCCGUGGAAAGGUGUGAUCACACAAGAGAAAGAGAGACUCCCUCCUUCCACCUCUCUGUGUGUGCAGGAUCUGAGACACAGGCACCAAACACUGCUGUGAAGCACAACCUCGGGUGUUCAACUCCAAAAGCCAAGAUGCCAGAAACAGCAGAAGCCGUGUCAGCCACCCUCACCACCAACAGAAACUGCACCAUAGAAAUAAGCAAUGUCACCGCGAACCACAUACUCAUCAACCCCAAGGUCUACAUGAGCAGCGGCUUCUCUCACCACCCACCCCAGCCCACCAUCCGCACCAACAUGACCGAAGUGUGCUCGUUCACCAAGGACGACAACACCGCCACGGGAGCUGUCGGCCUGAUGACCUAUGACCUCUUCCACAAGAGCCGGUCAAGCACCGAGCGCAUGGCCGUCAUGUUCUCCGUGCCCUUCGACCGCAACCUGUACAAGAACCGUCUGGCCGUGGGCGUGAUCGAGCAGUCCAGCGCCUGUGACAAAGCUCUGUGCGACCGAAUGUACGACGGGAAGAACCAGAGUGGCUUCACCCGCGCCGAGGCCAGUGGUUCUGGCCUGGUUUAUCAAACCAGAGAGCUCGAUGUGAGGGCAACAAUGUCCUCAAUUGGCAAAGCCAUUAUCAAAGUGGAGCUGUACGAUAAAAUGGGUCACUAGUGGGCUUUUUUUUGUGUGUGUACAUCCAUGCUUUUGUGUUUUAAAAGAAUAAAUAAACUUGAUUCGAUCUGACAACUCUUGCAUGUUGUACUCUGGAAAAAUAUAUAAUAAUUGGAAAGUCUGUAUUAUUUUGUCCAGAUAAUAAAUAGUACGUGAGUCAGCUCAUUCCUUGCAUUUAAGUCAAUUAUAUACACGCCCUUAUCUUUGAUUGAGGUAAUAAAACAUUCAAACCACA